GAGAAACACAAAACAAAACUUGAAGCAUAAAUCAGGCAACUCCAAGGCCACAUGUUCAAGCUCAAUGGCACAGUCUUCAUGCCCUCAGUGUUGACACUGGUCGGGAUCCCUGGCUUAGAAUCUGUGCAGUUCUGGAUUGGAAUUCCUUUCUGUGCCAUGUACAUCACUGCUCUGUUUGGGAAUUCCCUGCUCCUGGUCAUCAUCAAAUCGGAACACAGUCUCCAUGAACCCAUGUACCUCUUCCUGGCAAUGCUUGGAGCAACAGACAUUGCUCUCAGUACCUGCAUCCUACCCAAAAUGCUAGGAAUAUUCUGGUUCCAUUUACCAGACAUAUAUUUCGAUGCCUGUCUCCUUCAGAUGUGGCUCAUCCACACCUUCCAAUCCAUUGAAUCAGGAAUUCUGCUGGCCAUGGCCCUGGACCGCUAUGUGGCCAUCUGUGAUCCCCUGAGACAUGCAAUCAUCUUUAGCCACCAACUCCUCACUCAGAUUGGGGUUGCAGUGACACUCAGAGCAGCCCUCCUUGUAGCUCCAUGUCUCAUCCUCAUCAAAUGUCGGCUGAAACACUACUGGACCGCUGUGGUCUCCCAUUCAUACUGUGAGCACAUGGCCGUCGUGAAGUUGGCAGCAGAAGAUAUUCAAAUCAACAAGAUCUAUGGUCUGUUUGUGGCUUUCACUAUACUUGGAUUUGACAUAAUCUUCAUCACACUCUCCUACAUCCGAAUAUUUAUAACUGUCUUCAAUCUGCCUCAGAGAGAAUCUAGGCUCAAAGCCUUUAACACAUGCAUUGCCCAUAUUUGUGUCUUCCUUGAGUUUUAUCUCCUGGCUUUCUUCUCCUUCUUUACACACAGGUUCGGGUUCCACAUUCCACCCUACAUUCAUAUUCUUCUGUCCAACCUUUAUCUGCUUGUCCCUCCUUUGCUCAAUCCUAUUGUGUAUGGGGUGAAAACCAAACAGAUUCGAGAUCGAGUGUGUAAGAUUUUCCACUUUAAAUAUCCAUCUUAAGGGGUGCCUGGGUGACUCAAUCAGUUAAGCAGAUGACUUCGGCUCAGGUCAUGAUCUCACAGCUCAUGAA